AUGGAUAUUCACGCCUAUUCUGACUCAGAUUGGGCUGGCAAUCCGAAUGAUCGCAAGUCUACUAGUGAUUUUGUUGUGUUCUUGGGGAGUAAACUUAUAUCUUGGGUUUGUCGGAAGCAACGGACAGUAGCACGUUCUUCAACUGAAGCAGAAUACAAGAAUCUGGCUGAUGUAUCUGCUGAGAAGUCUGUGAUGCCUCCUCGCCAGCGAUCCUCAGUGUUUGAAGUGGUUAAGAAAUCUCGGUUGACCGAAGCUAGCAAUGCUUCUGGGGUAAUUGAACGGUGGAUCCGGAGUGGUACGUCCACAAGGGUAAGUCCUAGUGCAGCGGCUUUGCCAGCACACCGUGACGCAAGAGAGUAUGGGAGGAUAGAGGUUCAUCAUCCGGUGGUGGGGUCAUCUCAAGAGAGGGUGUUCACCUUAAAUGAAUUCCGAACAAGUGACAGUGACGUAGUAGUGGGAACCUUCCUUGUGCAAUCUGUGCCAGCAACAGUCUUGUUUGAUUCAGGGGCGUCUAACUCGUUUAUAUCAUCUGGCCUCGUGAAGAAGUUGGGCUGGAGUGAGGUUUAUAUCAUCCGGCGCUGGAGUGAGGUUUAA